UUACCUGCAAAGAACUUGGAAGCUGGAGGAUAAAGAGACAGGAUUGUAAGAAACGGCGCUGUUCCAUUUGAAAUAUCUCAACGAGAAACGGUGAUAAUAGAACAUAUCAGUUGCAGAAAAUCUAACUGAUGGAGGAAGUAGAAGGAAAUGAGGAGAAAGUGGAGGAGGUGAAGGAAGGAGUGGCAUCAAUUGCAUUAUUGCCAUGUGGCUCUAUUUCAGGCCAUUUUGUUCAGCUUCCUCACUCCGUUUGCUAUGGCCUGCAUGGCACUGAGUUGGCUUGUGAAAGGGAGUGCAGCAGGGGUGAGGACUAUCGCCUGAUCAACCUUACAAUCAUAGACUACAAUACUGGGAAGGAGCAAGGAGUAGUCGUUGAGUGUAGAGGCCAUGACGCUGCUCGCUUCAAUAACAUUGAACAUGCUCAUGGCUGGGAAAAUGAUGUUGUAGCUAUGACAGAGCAAAAGCAGGGAGGUAGAAAGAUUUCUAUUUCAUUUGCAUGUGAAACACUGAAAGCUGAUAAAUCUGCAGAAGAGCACAUAAGGAAGUUUAUGCCAAAACUAGCUGGGCUAGAUGCUGUUGUUAACAUUGGAAAAAUGAAGAUAUCAGGAUUGGAAUUUGAAGCAGAUGAUAAUGGCAUAAAACAGACAAUAUGAUCUAAUGUACAUGGCUUUUGCUAUCUGUUGAACAAGAAAUCACUUAAUACAACACAAGUCUAUCUUAA